AAAUUAAGUACAACAGAUCACUAAGCGGAAGUUCCUGAAAAUCAAUUGCAAUAACCCUUAAGAAGAAUUACCAAGACCUAUAUUGAAAACAGAGACCCUGUAAGAAAGAAUUUGACCAUGUUGUAUAAUGAAGACACUCAACAAAUCAACAAAUCGAUGCUUAGUAGCAACAAUGACUUAAGAAGGAAAAUGAUGAAUUAAGAGAGAGUGAAGCGAUCACUCAAUCAGGAUGUAUUGGAAGACAAAGAAAAUGUGCCCCAACACAAAGGACUCCCCACUAAACUCUAUACUUUGCCUCAGGAAUUGUAGAACAUCACAUUGAAGCCAAAAUUUGAUCACACCAUUCAAGAAAAUAAAAAUCUGUAAAAGUUUUACACAGAGGAAAUAUUUUUCUAUUUAAAAGAAUAAGAAAAAAAAUCAACACCAUAAGAAUUUUUGAAGAAUCACUCAAUUCCCAGUAAUUUGAGAGCUAAAAUGAUUGAUUGGAUGGUUGAAGUACUGUGCUCUUAUAAAUGCACCGAUUAAACAUUCUUCGUUGCUGUGAGAACCUUGGAUUUCUAUUUUGCAAAAAGUGAAAAGCACAUUAGAAGUGUCUGA